AUGGACGGAUUUUCGUCAUCGGAGGAGGAGAUGGAAGAGGAGGAAUUGGAUGAUCUUGCGAAUGAGCUUAUAAAUGGACCGAACGCUAAACGAGACAGCGCGGCUGCUUAUAGCGGGGCUGCUGCUACUAGCGGAGGGAAAGCUAAGUUCUUUUCGUAUUCGUCUGCUGUUGCGAGACGCGUUACGACACACGUCAGGCGGCUUAGUCAGGUGCGCUUCGGCGGAGGUAAAGAUCGGGAGGGGGAACCCGUGGCCGCUGCUUCCUCCGGUGCCACGUCAGCGGCUUCGCCGUCCUCAACCGCGGCCGCUCAAUCAAACUCCGGAGGAAACAAUCUGACCCGGAUUUUCCGCCGCGUUUUCCGGCGGCCAUUCGGCGCAUCCGGCUCCUCCUCUUCCGCUUACGAGAUCGAGCUCCCCCCUCUUCCUUCCGACAUUCCCCCGCAAAUGAACGGCGGAUACGCGUCCCUGGACGAUCCAACGGCUGGGAGCGCGCCGAUCGCGUAUCUGACGGACGAUCUGCUCUUGGAGUGCCUGGCGCGGGCGGAUCGGCGCGCUUUAGGCCCGAUGCAGCACGUGUGCCGCACGUGGCGCGGAAUCAUUCGCACGGACACGUUCCGCGAAUACCGGGAGGCUUUAGGGCAGAUGGAAAAUCACUUAGUGGUGAUUAGUAAGGGGCAGACCGCGCAGUCUAAGUGGAAGGGGAAAGUUUUUGUCGCGGGCGGCGUUCGGCAGCAACCAUUGGAGGAGGGCGAAGAGAAGAAGGACCUCCGGGCAGCUGAAGUUUUUAUUCCGGAAGGGCAAGGGCGAAUGAUAGAAGAGGAGGGGGGGAACGUGGGGGGAAAAGGAGAGGCAGAGGCGGAAGCAGAGGCAAGAGAAGACGUAGGGGAGUGGGAGAGGAGAAGGCGCAGAAAAAGAGGGGGUUAUUGGGAAUUAGCCCCGGAAAUGAACAGGGUGCGCGUGGGGGCGGUAGGGGGGUGUGUGGGGGGGAGAUUGCACGUGAUUGGUGGAACCCGGAGCAGUCAGCAGUUCAGGGCCGGAUCUGAGGCGCUGAGCUUGGAGGUUUUCCACCCCAGGUGCAUCGAAUCUGGACAGAUUUCAUUCGUGCGGUACGACACCCGCAGCAACGAAUGGAAGGACAUGCACAGCAUGCCGGUGCUGGUAGUGCAGGUGCGCGGCACGUGUGAAGACAUGGGAAUCGCUUCGUUCGCGGCUAGUGGGCGUGAGGGGAGAAGGGGAGGGGAGGGAGGGAGAGGUGGGGGAGAGGGGGCGAGGGGUGGGGUAAGAAGAGGCGAAAGAGGGGCGGCAGAGGCAGGAGAUGCAGCAGGAGUGGCGGCAGGAGAGGGCGGGGGGAGAGAGGCCGGAGGGGCGGCAGAGGAAACGACAAGAGAGGUAGCAGCAGAAGAAGCAGAAGAGGUAACAGGCGAUGGGACAGAGGAGGCAACAGGAGGAGCCGCAGGAGGGGCGGCAGAAGGAGCAGCCGGGGAGGCAGGAGAAGGAGCACUAGGUGGAGCAACAGAAGAGGCAGCAGGCGAGGAGACAGGAGAGGAGGCAGGAGAGGUAGCAGGAGGUAACACCGCCAAUGAGCCAAUAGCACCUGAGACUGCACCUGAGACCGCACAUGAGCCUGAACCUGAGCCUACACCUGAGCCUGCAGCUGAUCCCGAGCAUACACCUGAGCCGACACCUGAGCCUGAGCCUACACGGGAGUUGCUGCAUGAAGGUCCGAGGGAAAGGGGGAGAGGAAGAGGAGCAAGAGGAGGAAGGGGAGGGAGAGGUGGUGGGAGAGGGGUAGGAGACAGGGGAGGGAGAGGGAAUGUUGCAGGAGGGAGAGGGGGAGUGGGGGGGAGAGGUGGGAGGGGAGGAGGGAGAGGAGGAAGGGGCCGAGGGGUGGCUGGAGUGGCGGUAGGUGCGGUGAGUAUGGUGGGGUAUAGGUUCGGUGCCCUGGCUCUCAUGUACGAACCUGAGGCCGAGGCUCGGGGAGGUUUGGUUUGGCGGCGGCUGCCGGACCUGCCGUAUGAGACACCUGGUGCAGUCUGUGCUAUGCUCCGGUGUUGA